AUGGCAGCAAUCGGCCUCACGCAGGCCUACUUGGGUCAACGGACCUUUGACAGUCGUGAUGAGGCAAUGCAGUUUGUUCGCACCACUGCUGCACAAGUCGAUGUGCCCAUCGUCCGGACUCAGCUCAAUCCAGGCCGCGUCGUUUUCAGCUGCAGUCAUCAUCGAAGGGUUGGCUGCCCCUUUCGCAUCGUGAUCACUUCCGGUGUCGACGUUCGAUGGCAAAUUGCUGUGGAUCGCCCCGAGCACGAGGGACACGAGGAGGGAGAAGCGCUGCCGGUGAGAAGGCCGCGUGUUUCGCAUGCGGCCUGGAUCAGGACGCAAGAGCUGGACUUUGAUGAGGUGGUCAACAGGGAGCUGGAGACGGUGGACCAUCUGGACGAUCUCGGUCCUGCCAGCUUCAGAGCGGUGGAUUGCCGGCCUGUCGAUCCAGCCGAGGUCGGACACAUCCAGCUCGACCGCUGGAUCAUCGGCAAUGGUGACGGUUACGAGGCACUUGGCGUCGCAUUCAAUGUGCCCAUGCCAACCCAGAUGCUGGACGAGUAUCUCGCCCAACAUCUUGCCGACUACCGCCGGAUCUACCCUGCCAACGAGCAACACAUGCUCGACUUUGCCCUCGAAUGCUUUGACAUGGGCAUGGAAAUGGUGGACGAUAUCGUCCAAUUCAUGGUCGACGCAACUCAAGUCGCCAUGAUCCUGUGUCAAGACUAUGGCGGAAGGUACGAGGUCACCACUCUUCUUCCCCGCUUUACACAGCCUGGUCGCCUGCGCAUUUCCUCACGAUGCCUCAUCGUCAGCGACGGUGCAUGGUCGGUGGGCGAUUGGUCGCUCGCUCCCUUUCAGCAGCAGGUGCCCCUGUUUGGUCUGCCGAUUGCUCAUCCAUGGUGGAGGGAACGCUUUCACUCUUUGGACGGAAGAGCUGAUAAUCUUGUGCACGGCUUUCAUCUAUGGGGCAUGUACGCCAGUCACAAUGUAACUCGUCCGCUUCGUUAUAGCAAUGUUCAUUGA